CUCUGGGACUGACUUCGGGACGGCUCUGGCCUGCGCUUGGCAGGCGCUCAGCGGAGAGGACCUGGAGUGGCCCUAACCAGUAGGCCCCACUCUCCUCCCAGGACUGGGCCGAGGACCCAGCAGUCCUGACUCCCCAGCCCGGCUGGUGUCUGGCUCUCGCCGGGUGCAGCCGCCUGUCCGGGGCCCCGGCUGGGGCGGGAGGGACCCGGGCUGCCCAGCAGGGGGCGCGGCGGCCUCAGUCCAGGUGCGGCGGGGCUGGAGCCCGGGGCGGCGCCUCCUGCGUGGCAGGAUCCAGGCAGGUGUCCGGGAGCGGAGCCGCCAGCAUGGCCCGGGGGACGCGCUGGCUGCUGAUCGGCUGCGGCUUGUGCCUGGCGCUCGCAGUUAGGAACGCUACUGCCACAACAACUGUCCCCCAGCAAACCGCGUCCAGCCGGCACCCAUCCACCACGGCUACACCACCGCACAGCCCCCUGAGUGCCACCCAGCAAACCACACCCAGCCAGCACCCAUCCACCACGGCUACACCACCGCACAGCCCCGUGGCUACCUCCAGAGACACCUCCCUUUCCGCUGCCCUGACCGACAACACCACUGCAUCCACGCAGAACAGAACCACAGCAGCAGCUCCAGCCUCAUCCAGAAACCCAGAAUCUGCUUCCAGCUCUCCCCUGUCCCCGGCCAGCCCCAGUCACACCAACACCUCAGCUACUCCUGCUGCCAGCUCCAGUGAGACGCACUUGACUGAGCAGCUGGGGCCCAACAGCAGCACAACAGCCAGUGGCUCAGCGGUGUCCUCCCUGAAGCAGCCCACGCUCUCCCAGAGCCCCGGUCUGGUGGCCGUGAUCUGCAUCUUCGUGGCCAUCCUGCUCAUUGCUGCUGGGGUGGUGGUGGUGAAGCUCUGCCGCAGGAGGGAGCCGGCAUUCAAGAAGCUGGACGAGGUUCCAAUGGGGAAGAUGACCGAAGACUCGCCCUUCGCUCGCUACCCUCCAAAGUAACCGGCGUCUCCCCCCGGCGGGAGCUGAGCCCACCUCGUGUGGGGAGGGCUGGGGGGGGAUCUGCA